CGAGGACCUUCACAGGACGUUCUUGCAGCUGUGAACAAAGAUAAGGAAAUUAAAACGGCGCGAGGAAAAGCUUCUCUCGCAGCGCGCGUGAAAGAUGCAGUCCUUCCCGGAUAUUUUGUUUUGGAGGGCACGGUCGCUGCUGGACUAACGCACAAGCUCGUGCAACUGCUGUUCGCAUCGCCGUCACCGCAAGCCGCUGAAUUCUUGCAAGGCGUGCUGAAAUCCAACAAGCCUGGCACUGUUGCUGCUGCUACAUCUUCUUCAAGUUUAACAUCAUCGUCCCGGAAGAGGAGCAACAACAACUACCAGGAGGGCAAGCACAACGGUCUGGAAGUGGACUUUUUCAUCGAAGUGGGCCUCAGAUUUUUCCAGAAUUUCGCCGCGUUUGGCAACCACCUUUUACGCCUGAUCGUGAACAGCGCACCGACAGCCUCAACUCCGAGUACUACAACACCAAAUAGUGACUCAUUACAACGCCCAUCGGCUGCAACGUCCAGCUUCGAAUUCAAGAGUUGGCUGGAGCAAUCCCGUGACAAAAUGGCGCAGCUUCCGACCUGGAGAAACAGUGUGGCAGCGAUGCGAGCUGCGAGCCUGGAAGGUGUUUCAUCGUCGUCCUCCUCCUCGUCCCCACGCCACGUUCUUUUUCGCGCCCCGGAGGAGCCUUUUUCCAUCCCGCUGCCUGAAAUGGCACAACAAGCGAAAGACCUCACCUUGAGGUCCUACAAAGAGGGCCGGGUUCUCGGCAUGGUGCACCCGCGCGUGCUCGACGAAACGGACGAAGGGGUCGAGCGGCAACGGGUCGAACAAGCUGCAAAUGUUGGCGGGUCAGAACAAGUUCUAGGCACUACGACUGUCACUGUGCACGAAGGAAAUAAAAAUAUUACCAGAACAAACUACAACAACGCUACAAAGAAUUUGGUCCUCGCAGACUCUUUUUCGCGAUCUUUGCUCCCGUACGACUUUGACCAAAUUUUCGAUCAAAACAUCGACGCUGCGCGGAAGCGGGCUUUGGGCCGCAGCGACCCUGCUGCCAGCGCAGACAUGUUCGGGGACGAGGACCCUGACGGUGCGUCAAUCGUAGCUCCUACGACCAUAUGAAUUGCAAAAGUAUCGUACUCGUAGUAAUUGCAGUCAUGCAUGACAAGUCUGGUUCCUCAGCUUAUUCAGCAUUACAAAUUCCAUUUUUCCUUCUGGAAAAAUUUGUAAUGCUAUUUUUACUAGUACGAUACUUUUGCACAGGAUAGACCACACCCAGAAAUAACGAACGCGAGCAGGGGCACAGUUACGACAUCAGCUUCGGAACUGUGUUGAUGUUGCAUCCGGCGAAGCAAAUCAAACAAAAUAGGCAGGUAAGACCACAACAAGCACGAGUCAUGCAUCAGGACAUUACGCAGCAGCAGGUCGAGACCACACCGGACGGCACGAUGAAAAGAGUGCGUCUUGGUACAGCACAACCCUCUCCUGGCGCUGCAACGAGAGGACCCUCCUCCCAACACGCCGGAACAAUUCUUGCGCCUCCUUCCAAGAGCCAGUCCUCGAGUUUUAUUCGACCUCCCGUGCAAGAACACGGGCCCGGAUCAGCAACCGCAUCCGGUGGCAUUGCUGCCGUGCGUCCGGGAAAGCCACGCCAAGCUGCAAAAGCAAAAGCAAUUCGCUCUAGUACCCGAACGGGUGAGACGGAGGCUGCGUUCCUGGAGAGAAUCGGUCUGUUCGCAGCAGCAUCUUCGCCCAACAGUAGUUCUGGGCUCCUCGGGGCACCAGAUCAUGGAAAACUAGAGGACGCCAGCGGGCAAUUCGCCCGGCCCGAGGCGAGUCUGCAGCAACUGUUUGAGUCAGGCGUUCCCGAGGAAAAUGCGAGCAGCCAGUUUGCGCGACCAGAGAGAAUUUCGCGGACAGGACCUGCCGGCUCGUCUUCACGAGGAGGAGGACCUGCUACCGCAUUUUUCGCAAGGAGCAGUAGCUCUAGCAGCUCCCAUGCAGCUACGAGUAGGGCUGUGGAAGCGCAACUUCUAGCUGCCCCUGGUUCAUCAGGAGGACUACAUCGACGAGAUGCUGGGGCGGGUCGUGAGCUCGCGGAUAGCAAAGCCAGCGGCCGCAUCAAUCCUGCUUUGAUGCAGAAGGCAGCUCCUGGAGGAGGUCCUCGUGGUGCGGACCAAGCCGUAGACACCGCUCUGUACGAAGUGCCAAUGACUUUGUGUUGCAAUCCCGGGAAAGCUGUGGAGCAAGUCGCGGACAGGUUGCGGUACCCACCCGAGAGCAUGGAAGCGUGGCUGAACCCCUUUUCCUCGGCGCCGGAACAGAGGUUUGCAGGAACAGUAUACGACCACAUUGACGGCAUCCAGCGCAGCGAGGUUGAUCGCCUCCUGCUCGAGCUGGGGGUACACCGCACCGACAUGCGGGGCUUUUACGCGCAAAACUUCCAAGGGAUGGUUGACAGAAAUCACACGGUAUCGGACAGAGCUGUGCGGCAGAUGCUGUACUCGCACGCCAAAGUUUUUCCGACUGUGCUGACCCAGGCGGGAUUGCGGAAGUUGACGCCGCAUCCCUGGGAGUGCACGGACCUGCUGAUCCCGAACCCGGAUGCCGAACGCGAGUGCGACAUAUUCUGACGAAAAAUCCCCCCUCCCCAUAUUGAAAAAACAUCCUUCUGAGAAUUUGUGAUGCAGAUUUGUGACCACAAAUCCUGACUGUCUUGCAAGAAGGCAAGGCCAGAGAGUCCGCCGCAUUAUGCAGGCGGUUUGUGAUGCUGUUGGGCUUACAGAGCCGACAUUUGUCUUCACGCUAGUCGCUUACGUUCAAACCUCUCGCCUCAGGCUUGGCAUAUGCCUGCAGUCCUCUCCGGCAGGACAGACCUGAUUUGUGUACUUACGCAGAUCCAGCAUCAGAAAUUUCGUUUCGAUAUGGGGAGGGGGGAUCUUUUUCUUUGAUACGACACGCCGCAGCUUUGGAGCGCUACGGAGUCGCUGCGGGCGGAGCAGGCUCGCACCGUGACCUGGAUGCAAAAAAUGGACCAUGAUCUGAGAGAUGACCGGGACGCGUACCCAGAGGCACAAGAACAACCCGCCGAGGCUGCGGGGGCUCUUGAUCUUGAUCUUCUCGCGCCCCCGUCUCGUCGUCCACAAAAAACGUUUAGCGUUCAGUGGUCGCUCUAUUCUGCCGGAAAUGAUUUUAUCAAGGACAAAGCGCAGGUAGGUAAAAAUCACAGGAAAGUUGGGGGCCUUGGAGCUGCCGACGCUGCUCCGGAAGCGGCCUGGAAUCUCGAGCUCAGCUUGGACAUUCGCUACCGAGCUCGCGGUGGCGUGCUGGCGGAUAGCAUGGGAACCGGGAAAACUGUUACCACCAUCGGAUUUCUGUGCCAUGACCUGCAGGACAUCUACAGUGACAAGCUGCCGGCCAAACCGAAAGCGAAGGGGACAGCGAAAAAAGGGGCGGCAAAAGCGCUGGCGAAGCAGGCUCUAUUGCGAUCGAACAAACGACAAAGAGCUACUAAUGCAGCAGGCGAUGAACUGAAGGAAAACAAAAGCAGUGGAGACGAGGACGCAGCGAUGUCGAAAAGGGGCAAAAAAGUGAGAAAGAAAAAAGUGAUUACGCCGCUCUCUGACGAGUCGGACCCGGAGAGGGAAGCUCCAUCGGCUGCUGCAUCUUCUUCGCGACGAGAACUCCGACCAGGGACGACGAGCCAAGCGGCUCCUUUCGGGUCUUUGUUGUUUGGUGCAAAUACUAACGACGUUCCGUAUUCAAUGGCAGAGGGGGCGGAUAGUUCGGAUUCCGACCUGCUGCAACACUCGGGGCAUGAAGCGAACCGGAUUGCCAUGGGCCUUCCAUCCUCGGGGGGCCGUGCGCGGCGGGAAGCGCAGCCACAGAACAAAAACCGGGAUCGGUCAGGGAGCUUGUCCUCUUCGUCUGCGGAGGGGGACCACAGUGAUGAUUCGUCCUCAUCUUCGCGCAGCACAACUUCGGAUUCCGUGGUUCUGGAACAUCAAGAACCUACUACGCAAAGAACCGCAAACAAGAAAAGCAGCACUGGUGGAGGUCCUGCACGAGGACCGAAUUCUAGUCGUGGUACAGCUUCAGCUUCUGCAGCUGCAAAGACGAAACUUCAACCUCCGGCCUCGCAGCUGGAACGUCAGCUUGGUGGAGGAGGAGGUCCGACGUCAGCCGCAAGUUCUAGUUCCAAGCCCCCCGUUGCCAUCGGCACUGGCGGGGGCCCCUUGAACAAGCCCGGUCGGACGAAGUACCAGGUGUGCGACGAGAAGCUCCACCAGGUUCUGCGGAAGAUCGACGCAAACAUCCCCGCGCACGACCGACGGUUCUACUUCCCCAGCCGGGCCACCUUGGUCCUCGCGCCGGAGAAGCAGCUGGCCCGACAGUGGGACGAAAUGAUCAAGAAGUUCACGCAGCCGGACGCCGUCAGCGUGCUCCGCUUGAUGAAGUGGGACCAGCUGAAGCUGCUGAAGAAAUCCGACAUUGCGGAGAAAUACGACGUGAUUCUCGUUUCCUUGAGCGACGUGCUGCAGAAACAGAAGUACCAGGAGCGCAUUCGCAGCCUGUGCGGCCCCGACACCUACGCGUCCGAGGAGCAACUGUGCGAGCUGUUCGCGAAACCAGUUCCAAUGCAGUAUUCCGAAGUCUUCACCGAGCUCCAGCGCCGCGUUGCCGACGGGAAACGGCGGAUGCCGGAACCCACGAGAGCAAGGGAGACGGCGACCACUAGUACCACGGUGAAUACCAAACUACCAGCAGGUCGCGCUAGUAAGCGCACGAACAACGCUGCGGGUCGUGAACUGCAGGGAGUGGCAGCAGGAAUAACCUUCGACAGUGCAUUUUUACCAGCGAGCGGACCGCCCGAGGAGGUCGUGGAGGACCUUGCAGAGGACUUCCAUUUUCCGGUACUGGAAAUGUUUUAUUUUCGGCGGAUCAUUUUUGACGAGUUCCACCAAUAUUGCGACCGGGACGGCGAAUCCAUCGCGGAACUCGAAGCGAAGCUGCGUCGAACAGACGAGCACAGGCCUGCGAAAACCAACAACCGGCGGCCCGGUAUCCGGGAAGUCGCCACCUCUAGAAGUAGUUCCACCGGCGGGGCAGGGGCACCACUACAUCAACUUCCAGGUGGAGCCACGUCGAAACAGCAGGCGGCCGCCAGUGCUAAACUUGUGAGGGACAAUAAGGUCCAGAACGUGAACAGCCUGACGCGGCUGCAGCACUUGAAAGGUCUGGCUGCCUUUGGGCUUUCCGCGACCCCGCCCUGUGUGACGCUGGACGGUAUCGACAAGACCAGUUGCUUGUUGCAAAAAUUGGACCUUCUUCUGGACAAGACUGCCUGCACGAAGCGGUGGGAGUACUUCCAGCGGGGCGGGCAAAACGGCCUGCGCUACUUGGAUACGUUUUGCCGGCAGACGCGGAUGAACACCUACGUCGACAGCAUUGAAGUUAUCGACCGCAAAAUUCCGGUGGAACUGACCGCCGCGGAGCACACUUUGUACCUGGACCUGUUUCGGGAGUUGAACUACAAGGGCAAGAAUCUGGACCUUAUCAAAUGUAAAAAUGUCUGGGUCUGGAAGAUUGCAACUUGUGAUGCUGCGUCUGCAUUAUCCAAAAUUUUGUAUUGCAUGAACAGCAGAAGAGGUCUGGUUUUGGCCACGGCGAGAGGGCAUUUCUCAUGCGGUAUAGGCAUCAGAAAGCCCUCACAAGACCUGUGAUGCUAGGGCAUGCAUCGCAGACAUCAGCAGUCAUGCAAAAUGUGCAUGACAAACCUUGCAUCCUUCCAGACCCAGACAUUUUUACAGUUGAUAGACCUGCUUCGGGAGCAAAACGCCAGGCUGGAGGCCGGAGAGAUGGUGGUGGACGACCCAACUGUGGCCGCAGCUUUUAGUCUGACAUCAAGUAGAAACAGCAGCACGACGACGACCAGCGCUAGAAGUCGUGCUGCGGCCCUGUACAGCGCGACGUCGACAAAUCUUUCGCAAGAACGCGGCAGAACAUUGGACGACACCUCCGAGCAGCCCGUUUUGACGGCGAACACGUUGAAGACCCGGACGAGGCUGCUGAAAUUGUGCUCCUUCACUUCCACGAUGCAGGAUUGCAAAGACCGGUACCCUAUGCAUUGCAAAAGUAUGGUACUCUUAUAAAUGCAUUACAAAUUUCCUCAGCAUGAGAAUAAAAUCUGUAAUGCGAAUUUACCUUAAAAAAAGGUAAGAGAGGGAAUCAGACUUAGUAAACGGAAUCAGACUAAUGGAAUCAGACUACAAGUGGAAUCAGUAUAGUAGAAUCAGCAUAAUGAGUAGAAUCAAGAUACUAGAAUCAAGCUUAUGGAUAGAAUCAGGAGAAGCGGACUCUGAGUACGUCGACGAAUGUGCUGGCCGCGCAUCUCUAUCGUAUGCAUUCGAAACGCUCUCUCCUUUGGUCCAUCAUGUUUUGCAGCUCCACCGGGUCGCUUUGGUCUCCUCGCAACUUCGCCCGAAGUUCUUGAAUGCUGUGCGUUGCGAUUCUACUUGGGGACUUAGUUUGCAUGUUGGGUAUGUAUGUCUGCUUAGCUGUUUCCGUUCGCUCCUCGGCGCACUUCAUGCACGACCACUUUAAAACAGACACGCGCCAGGAGUUUGCUAUUGGCGAUCCCGGUUGACAAGGUGAAAUCUGAAGUAGCCAAAAAAACCGUAAAGGGUAGAAAAAUAAGCGCCAACUAUAGAAAAGAGAAACUAGAAGAACUACGUCCAUCCACUGCGUUCUGUCUAUUGUUUCUCUGUGCCCCUACUUCGCUGCUUUGCUUCUAGAUUGCAUCAAAAAAGCGCGCAAAAGUGCGAUGCUUUGUGGGAGCAGAAUUUCCGGACUUAGCCGAAAAACAGCUCUUCUUUGCGAUAUUUGUUGAAAAAUAACGGGGGAACUCUCGCAAAUUUUUAAAUAUCGGCCUCGUUUUUCGUGUUUUUACUUAGCGAAACCCGGCCGAGACAGGCCGAGGGGGAUGAUAGGCGCUGCCUCACAGCAGCGCAGACUGUGCCGCGCGUGCUCGCAGCAAGCUCUGCUGGCCAUUCGUUCAGGCGCAUCUGUGAGCCCCUUGCUCUGUAAUGGCGCGCAGAAGCGCGGCGCUAUAUAUGUGCCGCGGCCGCCGCGUUCGAUGCUCUCCAUCCCGCCCUGCCUGUCCUGGUCUGUCCUCCCGCGCCCCGCCCCGGCUGCGUUGGAGCUGCGCUCCAGGCCUUGCGCACCGAUUGACGGACCAGGCGGCCCCCCCGCCCGUUGUUCGCUCGGUGGGCCGCCUAGAAAGUUGCUCAGGUUGGUACAUCGUCGCACAGGCCGGGGCCGUCGGUGCUUCGAUUUUUGGGUGGGGCGACUCCACUCGCAUUGCAAGUGGUCGGGGCCGCAGUGGCGCAGAUGUGUCGGCUGGGACUGCCCUGCUCCCCCAGGCGCCGCCCCCCGACCUAGGGGUAGCCACCUUCCCAAGGGCGCAGCCAUCUGUAUGUCGCAGCAGGGCGGCUCCCAUAGGCUAGCGACGUGGCACCGCCGAGCAUAGAGGCGGGGCGUGCCGGCGGCGAGGCUGUCUUCCCGGUCCUUGUCCGCCUGUGACUGUGAGCAGCGCCUCCCGGCACGGGCGGUGGCGCCCCGGCACUGCCCAGGUCGACAGGGAUAGAUAGAAGUCGAGCACUUCGAGCUUGGUCUUUUGUUUUGCGAUCGAUCAACGUUCGAACCCCUGCCCGCGUGCAACUGAACCGAGUGAACUUUUCUGAUCUCUGAGCACGAUUAUGGGAGGCGCUCACCCUCCCCUUUCUCAUACUCGCGCAGGGGAGUGUGAAAGGUGUCGAGGUGCGUGGGGGGGGGGGAGCGAAGACACGCCCCAGCAAAUGGCGGGCGUGGGGCUUGUCGGGUCGGUGUUUGGCAUGUGCACGCAUGUUGGCCGUUUUUUCGUGGCUCCCUCUGCGUUUUCCCAGCAGCCGACCGCGCGCGGGCGCAAGCAGCGCACGGACUGGAUAGCGCAGCACUAGUUUGAUUCCACUAGUCUGAUUCCACUGGUAAAGCUGAUUCCAUUAGCCUGAUUCCAUGAAUAAGUCUGAUUCCGUAAAUCCUUUAGUCUGAUACCAUCGACGACCACUAAGACUUAUAAUGCAUGAAUGCAACACGAGUGCGAUACUUUUGCACAGGAUAUACCCGGAGAAAAAACGAGAGGUGCUCCGGCACCAGAAAGAGGUGGAGGAGCAACUGCUGCUGUUCGAGUUCUUUAUGCGGUACGCUGACCUGAUGCGGGCCUACCAGGGCAACAAUCCGCGGACGUUGAGCUAUGCAUUGCAAAAGUAUCGUACUCGUCUCUAUAAAGGCAUUACAAAUUUCCUCAGCAUGAGAAAUAAAAUUUGUCAUCCUGAUUUCCCUCAAGAAAAAUACUUGGAAUGCAUAUGCAAAACAUGCAUUUAUACGAGUACGAUGCUUUUGCACAGGAUAUGAGCCGGAUGAACCUCAUGUUCGAGGAAGACAUACGCACCGAGAGUGAAGUGGCCGUUUUCGGAGUUACGAAAGCGAAAGCCGAGGAAGUCGUGGUCCGGCAGCGCGGACAGCCUCCCGGUGAAGAUGAUCCACUCCGCGGCCGCGACAACAAAAAUGCAGCAUGCGCGAGUUAUGCACUGCAUCAAAACCAUAAGUAUCGUACUAGUAUAAAUUGCAUUACAAAUUUUUGUCCUCAAAGACAAGAAGAAAUUGUAAUCCUGAUUUGCUUAAGGUAGAACAUCAACAUUUGUCAUGCUGCAUGACAACUGCAAUUCAUCCGAGCUGGCGAUACUUUAUUUGCAGUGGAUGCGAGUCUUGUUCGAGAUUUGGAGGCGCGGCGAAAGGAGUACAAGGAUAGAGUGUUAGGGCAUGAGUGGUAUGAGGACGCGGCCGAGCAGAACGAGAAGGACGGAAAAAUGACGCUUUUCGACGGCAUGCUGUUCCGUUUGAAUUGGAGGCGGGAAACUCCAAGUUCGAAGCUGGUUCUGGGUCCUUCCAGUCGCGCAGUGAUGCUGUUGCACCACGUGAAGGAUGUCUUUGGCGACUCUGCCUGCCUCUGGGGCGGACGAGUCCUCAAGGAUUUUGGGCUGGACGACCCGGACGAUGACGCUCGUGUUGCCCAGGCGGGUCUCUCUGCCUAUCAAAUGCAAAAAUGCCCGGGCCUGAAAGAGUCAUGCUGUUUUUGCAUGACACAGAAGGUCUGGCAUGGAAGAUCUAGCGUCACAGGUUUCAUCGAGAAGCUUCCGCAAUGCCGAAUCCGCGUGACAAAUCCCCCAUUUUGGUGACAGAAAUAAGUGGGUAGCUUUUGCUACCUAUGCAUGAGAGAUUUUUCUGUGUUUUGAAAUGCGCAUGAUCGUAAGGCUGUAUUCUUCCAGACCCAGACAUAUUUGCAAUCCAUAGACCGUACCACCGAGGAGAGGGCCUCCCAGAUGAACCGGAAGACCUGAUGCAGGUUGUCGCCUGCCGCAUUCACCGGAUCGUGCACGGAAUGGCUCAUGGCCAGCUCUCCAACGCACGCCUGGAAAGUUUGGUUUCCAAGUUCGCCGCAAAUCUGUUUGGGCUGGACACGCAAGAAUCGUCCCGGCUACAAUUCCGUCGGCAGAAGAAUAAUAAAUCCGGUCGUACUACCGCGCCGGGGCUGUACGCGGAUAUUUUCCUAGACGCCAGGGAGUUCGAAAUGUUUUGCGAAAUCAAUGAUUUUCAAAUAGAGCAGGACAUGGGCAGUGGGCGCGACAACAUUGAAACGAGAUGGAAAGCGAGGGAGGCCAUGGCACUGGUUUCGGCGCGCGACCCGGGCCCCGGAAAGCGGACGCGACGGCACCUCGCGGGCUUUUGCGACCGCCACGAGCAUAUCAAAUGUAAAAGUGUCUGGGUCUGGAAGAAUGCAAUUUGUCAUGCUAAAUCUGAAGCAUGCAAAAAUCUGUGUUGCAUGAUUACCAAAAGUCGUCCAGUUUUGACCAUGUCGGGAGGGAGUUUCUCAUGCGGGAUAGGCAUGAGAGAGAUCGCACAGAAUCUGUCAUGCUAGGUCCUGCAUUCCAGACCUCGUGGGUCAUCGAAAAGCUGCAUGACAAAUCGCGCAUUCUUCCAGACCCAGACAUUUUUACAUUUGAUAGAGCACCGGUUUUCGCGGGAAGAGUUCCGGCGGCUCAUGCGGCUCUAUAUGAGGGGGUUCUCAAUCGUUCCAUUCUCUACUGUUACAGGGAUUUGUCAUGCAAAUUUGCCAUGCGUCUCUACAUUUAUCACGCUGCCUCGCAUUUUUACAGGUUCGCGAUUCGCUAAAUAGCAUUUAGAUUCUACCGCCAAACAAUCUGUAAUGCAAAAGGCGCAUCAAUCUUCCCCCACCCCCUAUACACUUUUGCCAUUCUUGCAUUACAAGUUCAUGCAACAGUUCAGAAGGUAACCGAUUUGAGAACGCCAUACUGUACGGCCGGAGCAUUGGACGUCUGGACCCAAAACUAGAUGUUUUUCAGAAUGUCAGCGACAGCUACAGUGCUUACCUGCAUUUUCGAAAACUUCUCCUACGCGACGACAACGCAACUACAAGCGUAGACGGUGGACUAGUACACCAGCAGGGCGGCAGGGGCUCUGUAGAUGAAGUUGACACGACCGAGUUGAUUGACGCCCAACUGGACUCCGGCAAGCCAAUGCUGCUCGACGUCAUGACGCACUUUCUCCCCAAAAUCGCCUUAUCGAAAAACAGUCCGUUCUAUGACAGUGCACAACUUGAUGAUGUUCUCGUUCCCGGCCCCUCAUUUUUUGUGUGCCAUGAAUACAAAGACGAACUACUUACACACCAUCACACGUGUAGCCUGUGCAUGACAAGUUCAUGGGCCCCCGCGGCCGGAAUGUAGUACCGUAAUAUGGUGUCGUUCCUGAAUUUGUAGUCAUGCAAACAGUGUCACAAGGCAGCAACUACGUUCAUCCUGAAUUUAGCAUGGCAAAAAUUGAGAGAUGAAGAGCAAGGGGACCACGACCACGAGCACGAGUUGUACACUGUCAUACGCUCCGAGACACCGACGAGCUCCUCGAUGCUUGUGGAACUGAUUUUCAAUCGGUGCUGAUAACUUUGUAUCGGUUCAUCGAGGAAGUGUUUGUGCCGAAGCUGCAAGUGUUGCGGGACGCCACCAAGUCACUGCAGUUUUUCUCUCAGGCGCUCCGCGCGUUUCUGAAGACGAGCACCAGCGGGGGCAGAGAAGAGGAACCAACGACAGGAUCUCCGGGAGGAAAUGGUGCUGCCGGCGCAGCUCUGGACUCCAGUUUGGACGAGGUGGAAGAGGAGGAGGAGAAGAACCAGAAGCAGGAAAGCAAACGCCCGGUAACAGCUUCUUCCGUCGUAGCACAACUCGAACCAAAACUAGUUCCUGGACCACAACUCAAGCACCUGUUUGACCCUGCGAAUUACAACGAGAAGAGUGCAACCUGGUUGACCCUGCCGAAACAGCGUCCGACUCGUCGUGCUAAAGCCGCUGCUGGGGGCGCAGCAGGUUCAUCUUCCACUGCAGCCGCCUCCGGGGUUAAUGGAGGUCAAGACCAGGAGGAGCAGGUUAUCUGCACGAUUUGCCACGAAGAGAUCGUUGACAAGCCGUACGACCACGACGGCACGGGCAUGGGAGUAUCGGAUUGCGUCAUUCUCGCCUGCGGGCACAUCUUUUGCCGGUUCUGUCUGGAGAUGCACCUGCAAACGAACAAACGGGAUUGUCCCACUUGUCGGGAGAGCCUGCCUCCGGACAACAAAGACGCCUACUUCUCCCUGGCGAAAGAAAUGUCGGCGUUGCAGCAGGAAGACCUCAGGAGGGAGCAGCAAAACCAGCAAAUUCGGAGCGGUGCUAUUUAUAUCGCUCAAAGAUUUCCCUUUACGUGGGUGCAUGUCAAAUGUGGCUUUACGACAAACUACAGAUUGAGAUUGCUAGCGCUAGGGAUGAAGGUUCGGUCCACAAAAGAUGAAUACGAAUUUGACUUUCAAGCACGUUUUGAUCGAUAGACAAAACCUUUCGCAGCGCAAAUGGAAAUGCCAAACGUAAGUAUCAGUAUCUCCUCUUUCUAAGCUAUAGAAAACAUCUUUUUCUACUUUUAGGUACAGCAAUCGAUUGGCACAAGAUUCGAGCUUUGCACGGCAGCAAACUCUGCAAGGUAAUCUUCACAUCUUCCUUUGUACAGCGUGAAAAACAAUGCCAUCAGGAUACAUGUUUUUUCAUCAAUGGAUCAUCAUCAUCCGUGCAUUACGUGCCGUACCUACGAAAUAUUGCUUGAAUGAAAAUGGCAUUAUAGCAUUAGUUCAUAGGCAUCAAAUCGACGAGAAAGAAACAAAUCCACCACAGCCAGCACCGAACAAUCAUGUUAUUUCUUUCUACUACUCUAUCAGGUCGCGCAGACGCUUCAAGACGACAUUCCGUUACAGGACAAGUGUAUUCUCUUCGUCCAGUGGCCCGAGCUGCAAAGCAAGAUUCUGAAGUGCUUCAAAGACUGCGGGUUCCACGCCGCGAGCCUCACCGCCGGCCGUGUGGGCCCUGUGGAUGAUCAUCAUGAACGAGCCGGCAAAGGAGCUAGUGCGAGUCGAGGGGCUGCGGAGGUUCUUAGUGGCGCAGCGGCAUCUGCGUCUUCCGCAAGCUGCGCCACGGGACGAGGAGCAGCAGGGACGUCGAAAAAAUACACCCAGAUGAAAAACGACCAGGAGCAGCUGACUGCCGAAGAGCAGAAGCGGAGCAAGAGUUCGAUCAUCGACCAUUUUCUGGACAAGAAGAACCCGCUGCGCAUUCUCAUCCUGUCCCUGGAUCAGCAGGCGACGGGGCUGAACCUGCAAGUGGCCCACCACGUGCUGUUUCUGCAUCCCAUGAACACGGCGGACUUUCAAGAGGGGAUCUCCGCGGAAAUGCAGGCGAUCGGCCGGGUCCGGCGAGUGGGCCAGGAAUCGAAGCAGAUCUUCGUGUGGCGGUUUUUCGCGAAGAAUACCGUGGAGGAGGAAGUCACGUUGCAGCACGAAAUGGAAGUGAAAAUAUCCAAGCUGGAAUACCAGCUAGAAUGUCACGGAAUGAUGUGUUAGAUGUGAGUGAGCAGGUGCUGCAGAACGAUGCUGGUCAUGAUCUCUUCACCCGUUUAUAUGUCUUGCAUGCGUAUUAACCGUAAGUAUCUAUGUAGUAUCAUGAGAACAUUUUUUAUUCCAGAUGUCAGCAUCUUUUUUGUUUGUCAUUUUCAGGUUGUAAGAACAUCCAAGAAAACACUAACACCUGGGCCGCACAGCCAACACGAUGCGCUAGCUUUUUUUCCAGACGAUAACGACGUCGGUUUGGUGGGAGAGGCGAAUUGCUCCAGUUUGCGCAGGAGAGCAACCGUGCCUAGCCUGGGAAAGUUGAGAACAGGAGGCGAAGAGAAGUUUUUCAGCGUAGGUCGUGGAAGAGCCUUCUCUAUACUAGUCCAAAAACCCAAUUCAUCACAGCAGAUCACCACGUGCACGUUCGUAGACAAGCUUAAGGAAACUUGAACUGAAAAAGAGGAACACGUCUGUUUUAUAUAUUUGUAUUCAGUUUACUCAAAAGUAGGUACAACAUAGUCCCAGGUGGACAAUCAACGAGGACCUGCCGGAGGGCCAACAAGCCCCGGCGCCAAGGGCGGGUCGAAAUUUACUCUAAAAAAUCGGCCCCAUACCUUCGGGGAAAGCGUUCGGGGAGCCAACAAGCCUCGGGGCCCGAAGCGCGCGGGCCGGAAUUUGCUGUAAAAAAUCGGCCCUAUACCUUCAGGGAAAGCUGCCGGGGGGCCAACAAGCCCCGGGGCCAAGAGCGGGUCGAGAUUUGCUCUAAAAAAUCAGCCCCAUACCGUCGGGGAAAGCGCUCGGCGAGCCAACAAGCCUCGGGGCCCGAAGCGCGCGGGCCGGAAUUUGCUGUAAAAAAUCGGCCCUAUACCUUCGGGGAAAGCUGCCGGGGGACCAACAAGCCCCGGGGCCAAGGGCGGGUCGAGGUUUGCUCUAAAAAAUCGGCCCCACACCGUCGGGGAAAGCGCAUGGUGAGCCAACAAGCCUCGGGGCCCGAAGCGCGCGGGCCGGAAUUUGCUGUAAAAAAUCGGCCCUAUACCUUCGGAGAAAGCUGCCGGGGGGCCAACAAGCCUCGGGGCCAAGGGCGGGUCGAGAUUUGCUCUAAAAAAUCGGCCCCAUACCGUCGGGGAAAGCGCUCGGUAAGCCACAAAGCCUCGGGGCCCGAAGCGCGCGGGCCGGAAUUUGCUGUAAAAAAUCGGCCCUAUACCGUCGGGGAAAGCUUCCGGGGGGCCAACAAGCCCCGGGGCCUAGGGCGGGUGGAGAUUUGCUUUAAAAAAUCAGCCCCAUACCGUCGGGGAAAGCGCUCGGUGAGCCAACAAGCCGCGGGGCCCGAAGCGCGCUGGCCGGAAUUUACUGUAAAAAAUCGGCCCGAUACCUUCGGGGAAAGCUGCCGGGGGGCCAACAAGCCCCGGGGCCAAGGGCGGGUCGAGAUUUGCUCUACAAAAUCGGCCCCAUACCGUCGGGGAAAGCGCUCGGUGAGCCAGCAAGCCUCGGGGCCCGAAGCGCGCGGGCCGGAAUUUGCUGUGAAAAAUCACCCCCAUACCUUCGCGGAAAGCUGCCGGGGGACCAAAAGGCCCCGGGGCCAAGGGCGGGUCGAGGUUUGCUCUAAAAAAUCGGCCCCAUACCGUGGGGGAAAGCGGUCGGAGAGCCAACAAGCCCCGGGGCCCGAGGCGCGGGGGCCGCAGUUUGCUGUAAAAAACCGGCCCUAUACCUUCGGGGAAAGCUGCCGGGGGGCCAACAAGCCUAGCCCAGGCGCCAAGGGCGGGGCGAAAUUUUUGGUAAAAAAAUCGGCCCCAUACCGUCGGGGAAAGCGGUCGGAGGGUCAACACGCCUCGGGGUCCGAGGCAAGGGGGCCGGAAUUUGCUGGAAAAAAGGGCUACGACUGCUGAGUUGAUACAGAUGGACCGAUGUAAUUUAUUUUGUGCGCCUGGUCCGCCCAUCCCAAGCCCAAGAAGCUACAUUUGAAUAAAGAAAGCAAAAUUGUUCCGCGCGAAAAUGAAACGAAGUAAUUGUAUGUACUUAGCAUCACAAAUGGAAAUGGUAAUCAAAAAUGUCGUGUCUUUGCAAUGAAGCACUACCAAGAAAUGCGAUUUUCUGUGUAUUGUUCCUUCGAGACAGCCACAGUGAUAUUGCCAUGUUGAACCAAGAGUAUUGACAGGUACAAGCAACCGAA